CGGCCAUGGCGCGGGUGCCGCUGCUGCUGCUGGCGCUCGGCCUCGCCGCCGCCGCCAAGUCCCCGUACCAGCAGGUCCUGCAGCACAGCCGGCUCCGCGGCCGCCAGCACGGCCCCAAUGUGUGCGCGGUGCAGAAGCUGAUCGGCACCAACAGGAAAUACUUCACCAACUGCAAGCAGUGGUACCAGAGGAAGAUCUGUGGGAAGUCGACAGUCAUCAGCUACGAGUGCUGCCCUGGAUAUGAAAAGGUUCCUGGAGAAAAAGGCUGCCCAGCUGCCCUGCCUCUUUCCAACAUCUAUGAGACCCUGGGGGUGGUUGGUUCUGCCACCACACAGCUCUACUCCGACCGCUCCAACCUGAGGCCAGAAAUCGAAGGACCUGGAAGUUUUACGAUUUUUGCUCCCAGCAACGAGGCCUGGGCAUCACUGUCUGCUGAAACCCUGGAUUCCUUGGUCAGCAACGUCAACAUUGAGCUGCUCAACGCCCUGCGCUACCACAUGGUGGACAAACGGGUCCUGACGGACGACCUGAAACACGGGACAACCCUCAGCUCCAUGUACCAGAACCUGCCCAUCCAGAUUCACCACUACCCCAACGGGAUUGUGACUGUGAACUGUGCCCGGCUGCUCAAAGCCGACCAUCACGCCACCAACGGGGUGGUUCAUGUCAUCGACAAGGUCAUCGCUACCACCACGAACACCAUCCAGCAGAUCAUUGAGACUGAGGACAGCCUGGAAACCCUUCGGGCUGCUGUGGCUGCAUCCGACCUCAACAGCCUGCUGGAGAGUGAAGGCCAGUACACACUCCUGGCUCCAACCAAUGAAGCCUUUGAGAAGAUCCCACGAGAAACACUCAACAGGAUCCUGGGGGACCCAGAAGCCCUGAGGGACCUGCUGAACCACCACAUCCUGAAGUCAGCCAUGUGUGCUGAGGCCAUCAUCGCCGGCCUGACCAUGGAGACCCUGGAAGGCACCACCCUGGACGUGGGCUGCAGUGGGGAGGAGCUGACCCUCAACGGGAAGCCCAUCAUUGCCAACAAGGACAUCCUGGCAACCAACGGCGUCGUGCACUUCGUCAACGAGCUGCUGAUCCCAGACUCAGCUAAGACUCUGUUUGAGUUGGCACAAGAAUCUGAGGUUUCCAAGUCGACAGAGUUUUUCAGACAAGCUGGUCUCAGUUCUCAUCUAACUGGCAGUGAGCGAGUGACCCUCCUUGCCCCAGUGAACGAUGUGUUCAAAGAUGGACUCCCAGUUAUCGACAGCAACAUGAGGAACUUGCUUCUGAACCACAUUGUUAAAGACCAGCUCUCCUCUAAGUACCUGUACCAUGGACAGAAGCUGCAGACUCUGGGGGACAAGGAGCUGAGGGUGUUUGUGUAUCGCAAUAACCUUUGCAUCGAAAAUGCCUGCAUUGCUGCCCAUGACAAGAGGGGAAGGUUUGGGACCCUGUUUAGCGUGGACAAGAUGCUGACCCCACCAACUGGCUCAGUGAUGGAUGUUCUCAAGGCAGACCAUCGCUUCAGCACCUUGGUGGCUGCAAUCCAGUCUGCAGGGCUGACAGAGAACCUCAACAGGCCGGGGACCUUCACGGUGUUCGCUCCGACCAACGAGGCUUUCCGAGCGCUGCCCCAGGGCGAGCUCAACAAACUCAUGGGUAAUGCCAAGGAACUUGCCAACAUCCUCAAGUUCCACGUGGCCGACGAGAUCCUGGUGAGCGGCGCCGUCAGUGCCCUCGUGAGGCUCAAAUCCAUGCAGGGAGAUAAACUGGAAGUCAGCAUG